UCAGACACAAGAACAUUAUUAUGUGUAAGAUAGGCACGAAAUGAGGAUAUCAUCUACCUUCCUCCUCCUCUUAUGCGCCUCGACAACUCUGGCCACGGGCACCGGCGUUCGCAUUCAGCUCAAGCAUGUCGAUGCCGACGCCAACAUCACGACCGCGGAGCGGCUGCGCCGCGCCGGCGUGCGCCUCCAGCGGCGCCUUGAGUUACUUAGCGGGGUCGCCGUGCCCUUCACCUCUCGGGGGGUGGGGGACUACAUCGCCGAGUUUUCCAUCGGCGACCCGCCGCAAGCCGUGCAGGGCGUCAUCGACACCAGCAGCGUCCUGGUGUGGACCCAAUGCAUGACGUGCAGGCCCAACUGCUUCGCCCAGAACCUCGAGUACUACGACUUCUCCCUGUCGAGCACCGGCAGAGCCGUCCCCUGCAACAGCUCCCUGUGCGCCGACGACAACGCGUACGAGAAGCAGCGGUGCGCGGGCGGCCACGGCGGCACGUGUACUGUCCGGGCGAGCUACGGCGAAGCGGGCAUCGCUGGGGUGCUGCGCAGAGAGAGGUUCACUUUCGGGACGACCACGGCCAACAUCGCCUUCGGCUGCAUCACGGAGACAAACAACUCCGUGCAGAUGGCGCUCGACGGCGCGUCGGGCCUCAUCGGCCUGGGUUACGGCGACCUGUCGCUCGUCACCCAGCUUGGGGCCACCCGGUUUUCGUACUGCCUCACCCGGUUCUUCGGUGGCAAGGUCAGCUCGAGCACCCUCUUCAUCGGCCCGUCGGCCGGGCUGAGCGGCGACACGCCGGUGACGUCCGUCACGUACCAAAAUCUCGGCGUUCCUUUCUCUUCGUUCUACUACCUGCUCGUGUCCGGCAUGUCGGUCGGCAGAGCUUGGCUGAACAUCCCAUUUCCGGCGAUGGGCGUGAUCGUCGACUCCAACUUCCCGUUCAUGUCCCUCGUCGACGUGGCCUACAAGGAGCUCAUUCAAGAGGUGUCGCGGCAGCUGGGAGGUCGCCUGGUGGCGUCGCCAGUGGACUGGCUGGAGCUGUGCGUGGCCGGAGCGGACGUCCGCAGGCUUGCGCCGCCGAUGGUUCUUCAUUUCCAAGAUGGCGGCGAGGAUUUGACGAUCCCAGCGGAGAAUAUGUGGGCGCCCAUGGACCGGGAGUCGACGUCGUGUAUGAUGGUCAUCAACUCGGCGACCCUGGAGCCGCCCAUGAACCGAACCACCAUUAUCGGCAGCUAUAUGCAGCAGGAUAUGCAUGUGCUGUACGAUCUUGAGAACCACCAGAUAUCUUUCCAGAAAGCAGACUGCAACACUAUCUGAUUACCUCUGCACUGUGUACUAGUAUAUCUCUGGAAUUAAAUAAGGAUAGCUACAGUAUAAUACUUAUCUUUACUGUUUACAGCAGCGGUGUAACAACGUGGUUAUGUAACAGAAUAUAUCUUACUACGGUUUUGCAUAUCAUAUAUA